AUGCUUUAUAUCAAUGGAACAAUUGCUACGGUGAAUGCUCGCCGUGAGAUCAUCAAGGAUGGUGCUAUCAUGGUGGAAGGCAACCGUAUCAAGCAAGUGGGCAAGACCGUUGAUCUCAAGAAGGCCUUCCCUGAUGAACCUACCUAUGAUUUGGAGAACAAGUUGGUGAUCCCCGGCCUCGUGGAUACGCAUGUGCAUUUGGCCCAAUGCUUGAUCCGUGGCUCUGGUGAUGACUGUGAGCUUAUCCAGUGGCUGUGCGAAACCAUUUGGGUGUUGCAAGGCCAAAUGACUCACGAGGAAACCUAUGCAAGCGCUCGUCUUUGUAUUGCAGAAAUGCUCAAGUCUGGUACGACAGCCUUCCUUGAAGCAAUGUGCGCGGACCGGUAUGGGUUCGAUGGCAUUGCCAAAGCCGUUGAAGAAUCCGGAAUUCGUGGCUGCAUCGGCAAGAUCGUCAUGGACGUUGGCAAAUACGCUUCCCAAAAUGCACUUACCAUGCACCCUGGCUUGAUCGAAACACGUGAACAGAGCUUGUUGGGCGUCCUCAAGAUGCAUGAGAAAUGGCAUGGCAAGGCCAAUGAUCGUAUUCAUGUUUGGUUUGGUGCACGCACGCCUCCAGGUAUCAGCGUGGAUUUGCUCAAGGAAAUGACCCAAUUGUCGCGUGAACGUGGUAUCCGUAUCACCAUGCAUUGUGCCGAAGUGCAAGCUGAUCAAGUCCAUUAUCGCGAGAACCAUAACAUGCGCCCUUGUGAAUUCGCUCAACAUGUUGGUUUACUUGGUGAUCAAUCCGUUCUUGUGCACAUGGUUUGGCUUGACGAUGUCGAUAUCAAGAUGUUGGCUGAAACGGGCACUCAUGUGUCGCACAACCCUUCCUCCAACAGCAAGCUUGCUUCGGGUGUGGCUCCCAUCCCACGUAUGAUUGAAGCUGGUGUCAAUGUGGGUCUUGGUUGUGAUGGUGGUCCAAGCAACAAUUGCUAUGAUUUGAUUCAAGAAAUGAAGUUGGCUGCACUUAUCCACAAGGCCGUGUCUUGUGAUCCCGUGACCAUGCCUGCCGAAACCGUUCUCGAGAUGGCUACUAUCAAUGGCGCCAAGGCUCUUGGCUUGGAACAUGAGAUUGGCUCCUUGGAACCUGGCAAGAAGGCUGACUUUGUUGUCCUUGAUUUUGAAAGCAAACUUCACACCAACCCCAACCCCAACCCAAUUUCGACGCUUGUGUAUGCUGCCAUUGGACAAAACGUUGAAACGGUCGUUAUCGAUGGUCGUGUGGUGGUCGAAAAGGGCGAGCUCUUGACGAUGAAUGAAGAAGAAAUUCGAAGCGAAGCAAGACGCCAUGCCGAUGCCUUGUAUAACCGUGCCGGCUUCCGUGGUCAACCCAAAUGGCCCAUUGUUUAA